UGCGGGCGGGCGGGGAAGCGUUUCACACGUGGGGUCGAGCCCAACCCAACCAACCUAACCCAACUCAACUCAACUCAACCCAACCCAACCCAACCCAACCCAACCCAACUCAACCCAACCCAACCAGCCUGGCGAGUGCCUGGUUUUCCUGCGCCGCGCAAAAACCCCGAGACAGGAGGAAAGACGGUGUCCAGGUGCAGGCUGGCGUGGACGUGGCGGCGGCGAGUGCCAGCCUGCGUGUUUCUUUUAGAAGCGGCGGGCGACCCUCCCCAUCUCCACGCGAGGCGAGGAAGACGGAGGCAACCGGCUUGGCAAGAGAGCUGCCGAGCCAAAGGGACGUUCCCUUCGGAGCUCAGCGGAUCCAGCCUAGGAGGAGGAGACGGCACCCCCUCCACCCUCCUCCCCUUACCCCACUGAGGAACUCUCGGCUUCCCUGAUUCUCGUCCUUUGCUCUUUUUUGGGGGGAGGGGGAGCCCUUCGGAGCCGGGCAGAGGGAGACCUUCCUUGCUGGAGCGUCGCCUUCUCUCGCCAACCUCCCCCCCCUCCUUCCCCUUUUUCCCAACCGAAGAUGGUCAACGAACGCUGGAAAAAUGUGGGGAGAUCGGCGCAGCUGGAAGACGGACCGCAGGAGAAAUCUCAGAGAGUGAAUUGCGGCUACAUACUCUGCACCGUUCUUCUGUCCGUGGUGAUCCUCUUAGCCGUGACCGUCACGGCUGCCAUCCUCUUUAUGAACCACUACCACACGCCGGUCACCGAAUCCCCGCCCGUCAUCACCACCAACCCGGAUGAUGCCAAUGCUUUGGUCACCAUUGAGAAAGCCGACAGUUCCCGCAUCAACAUCUUCAUUGACCCCAACUGUCCCAACCAAGCCAACAGCUUCGUCCGCUUGGAGAGCCUGCAAUCGUCCCUCCUAAGAGUCGUGACGGACCACGAUGCCGAGACCAAGUCCUCCAAGGGGCAAGAGAGGGCCUUGAUGGUGGGCCUCUCGGACGAGGUCUCCAAGCUGCUCUCUCAUGCCGCGCAGCUCCGGACAGACUGUGAAAAUCUGAAGAAGGGGCACGGCGCCAUCGGGCAAGAGCUCAGCGCCCUCCAGAAUGAACAAGGGCGGCUCAUACAGCUGCUUUCCGAAAGCCAGACCAACAUAGCGAGGCUGGUCAGCUCCGUCAGCGAUAUUCUGGAGACUCUGCAGAAGGACCGCGGCCUCGCCCGACCACGCAUGAAGGCGGACCUUCAGCGGAUCCCAUCCCGGACCACGCGGCCCAAAGGAUGCCCGAAUGGCUCAAAGCCUCGGGAUUGUUUUGACGUCUUUGCCGGUGGACAACAGGGCGAUGGGGUCUUCUCCGUCUUCCCCACCCACUACCCCGAGGGGUUCCAGGUUUACUGUGACAUGACCACCGAUGGUGGAGGAUGGACGGUCUUUCAGAGGCGCGAGGAUGGAUCCGUGAAUUUCUUCCGCGGGUGGGAAGCUUACAAAGAUGGAUUUGGAAAACUCACGGGAGAACACUGGCUGGGUCUGAAGCGAAUCCAUGCUCUGAGCACACAAGGAACGUAUGAAUUGCGCAUCGACCUGGAAGAUUUUGAUAAUGGCACAGCCUAUGCCCAUUACGGGACGUUUGCCGUCGGCCUGUUCUCCGUGGAUCCGGAGGAAGAUGGCUACCCCAUCACUAUUGCUGAGUAUUCUGGAACAGCAGGAGAUUCUCUCUUGAAACACAACGCCAUGAAGUUCACCACCAAAGACCUGGACAAUGACCACUCGGAAAACAACUGUGCUGCCUUCUACCACGGUGCUUGGUGGUACCGCAACUGCCACACGUCCAACCUGAACGGUCAGUACCUCAAGGGCCACCACAGCUCCUACGCGGAUGGAAUCGAGUGGUCUUCCUGGACAGGUUGGCAAUAUUCGCUCAAGUUCACCGAAAUGAAGAUUCGGCCGGUCAAAGAUGAAAAAUAGCCGAAGCCCCUCUUGUGUUCUUCCUUUGUUCCUCUCCUGCUUUCCCCUUGAAGCCCACCGUGGUGUUUUUUUUUUUCUGGGUCUGGACUGGAGAAACACAGAAGCUGAGACAUUCCCUUGCCACCUCUUAACACUUGACUGUGUCAAAUGUUCUCUUCGUGUCCUCCACUGAGCUUUCGGAGAAGACACUCAUCGUAUACCUCUCUCUGACGCAAGACAGGCAUUCUUGUAAAUCUGUUUUCUUCUCUACACUCAAAGGGACAGGCUGGAGAGAGAGAGAGAAAAAACCAUAUCUCCUCACUUCAUCGUGAUGGGUCUAAUAUCCUACACCUCCCCUACCAAUUCGAGAUGUUAUUUUAAGAGAGGUCCUUUGCUUUGCUCUUCUGGGAAGUUAGCCUUGUGGCUCAAGAGCAUCUUCCCAAGGACCUCCAUUGUUAGUGUUGUUGAUUUUUUUAAAAAAAAAAUGCCCUAAUUGUUUUUAUGGAGAGCCACACAUUAAUUAUUCAGCCAAGGUGAGCUCCGAGGAAGGCCGCUCGAAAAGGAAGAAAAGAUUUCACCGGUAACCAGAAUGAGUCAAAGUUUAAGUAGGAGAUGCUCAGGGUGAAAGCUAUAACGGGGAGUCGGGGGGGGGGGGACGGGGAGACAAAUUGCAUGGAUGGAGAUUGGAGGUCAAUUUAUCAUUGGACGCAAAUUGGUUUUCAUCGCCUGAACGCUGCUGAAUACAGAAAUGUGUUGGUGCAAGAGAGCUAGUCAGAGGUGGGCUUAAAAAGUUUUAGCAAAGGGGUCUCUGCCCGGUUGCUGGGUGGGUGUGGCUAUGGUGGGAAUGGCCUACUCGGCCUCCUGUACCACGGCGGGUGUGUGUGGUGUUUUUGCCCUCCCCAGGCUCCAGAGGCUUUCCUCGAGCCUCCGGGAAGGCGAAUUCGGCCUCCCCAGGCGCUGGAGGCCCUCUGGAGGUUGGAAAUGGGCCUGUUUCCAGCCUUCCCAAACUUCCAGUAGGCCCGUUUUUCGCCCUCCCCAAGCCUCCACGCACGCCCUGCACUUACGUGCAUCCAAAACGGGCCCCGUGGGGACUCCUGGGAGGGGAGGGGAGGGGUGGGAUGGGUGGGGCCAUCCAGGACUGGGAUUUGGGGGUUCUCCAAACUGCACAGAAUCUUAGCUAGAGGUUCUCCCGAACCCCUGCGAACCCCCAGCAGCCCCACCCUUGGAGCUAGUUUAGUACUGGGCCAACUUUGAGAAAAAAUAUGUAUUUUCCAUCUGGACGAAUCAACCGAGAGAACCAAAAGCCACACGCCAGAAGAUCUACAGGACUUAUCAAAGUUAAGUUCCUUGAAGUUCUCCACAACCCGCUUCGAUCUAACGUGAGUUGUGAGUUACUUUGUGGACUCUCUUGGAGUUGAAGAAGAUGGGAACAAUGAUGGCAACCAGAAUAGCUAUUCCUAUAAGACAAAAGGAGAUAUAUUUAUAGCUUGCGGUCGAAUUGAGGGGGACCUGGAAACAUGGAAAUUAAAAGCGUCUUUUUAAAAUAAAUUUACGUGCAGGUAGUCUUUGACUUGUCACCAUUUAUUCACAACAGUUGCAGAAUCCCAGGGACCAGAAUUUUUUUUGCUAAGCAUGGCAGUUUUUAAGUGGGUCACGCCCGAUUUUACAACCGGGGGCCAUGGUUGUUAAAUGAGUCAUUGAGUUGUUAAGCGAAUCUGGCUUCCUCUCCCCCCCCCAUUGACUUUGCUGGUUGGAAGCCGGCUGGGAAGAUCACAUAUGAGAAUCCCGUUCCGGAUGGCUGAGCACUUGAAUUUUGAUCACGUGUCUGUCGGGAUGCUGCAACGGUUGUAAGUGCGAGGACCGGUUGUAAGUAAGUCAGUGCUUUUUCAGUGCUAUUGUAACCUCAAACCGUCACUAACAAAUGGUUGUAAAGUCAAGAACUACCAGCCUAAUGUUUGAUUUUAUAUACUUUUAUUAGAACAUGCUUUUUUUUUUUUUUGUAAAUAUUGUCUUGGAUUUUGAUCUCGGAUUUUCCUUUGUAAAGCCAAGUUAUAAACAGAAACAAUUAAAAUGGUUUAUCCUUACAGAUCUUUGUCAGAUUCGUUCCUUUUCUCGGCUCCAUUCGUUCUUUCCUCCAAGAAAAGACGGCCGCUGUAAUUAUCUCUCUCGGGAUGCGCUGUGGUAGAAAUUUAAAAUGGUUAACAUGUUUACAG